UCCGAAGAAUCACAUUCAGCCGCACAGACUGAACAAUGGUUAACAUGAGCUAUCGACAUUUUUUACUAAACUACCCACAUUCGAGUUCGAGACAGUCGAGAAGGCGAGCGAAUAAACGGAAAAGGAAUAGUUGGGACAAGCUAUCUCCGACAUAUUGGCAUACUUGAUAAACAGAGACUUUCCAAAGGUCCAGUGUGAACCGUGUGGCCGAGUAUCUGUGCGUUGCGACUGACUGGCGAGAUGACUGCCGAAUGGCUUCACCUGCCCCCGCCGUACCCCCCCGGCGUGGGGCCGCUGUGUGGUGCAGAGUUGGAGGCGUGGUAUGAGGACCUGCAGGAUAUUCUGGGCUCCGACACGGGAGGGGCAAAACUGGCACGUGCCCCCCCAUGCACCGAGGUCAGUAGCUCAAAGAGGAAAAUGCCUUUCACGCCCUCAAUGAGUAAAGAGCCGGAGUUCCUGGAUGUUCUGGAGAGUUGUUCUCUGACAUGGCUGACGGACGGAAGCCAGACGUGGGGCGAGGGUGUCCAGAGGGCGACCGAGGAGAUCCACAACCCCCAGCCUCUGCAUCACACCUCCUCCUCCUCCUCUUCCUCCUCCUGCAUGAGUCCAGCUGUGGCAGAGGAGCGGCGGGGCGAGGCCGAGAGCGGGAGAGGUGGAGAUAGCUCGGCAGGAGGAGGAGGAGGGGGUGACCUGCUGCCUCCAGAGUUCUUUGAGUUGCUGAGUGAAGGAGGAGUGGGAAUGGUGGAUACGAGCGGAGUGGUGAUCAGCAGUGGCUAUUAUUACCACCACCAUCAACACCACCAGGCUAAUAAUGUCCAGCCUGCGUCUCCCUCAGCCAGUGAGGAGGAACUGCCCUGUGUCCCCGACUCCCCGUCCUGCUCUUCCUCAGCCUCACAGUCGCCAUCUCAAAAUGGCUCUUCUCCCUCCUCGCCCGAGUCGUCUCCCUCCGUCUACCCGUCCUCCCGCCUGGGCAAACGCAAGAGGACCACCAGCGAGAGGGCCAACGGUGCCUUGUCCUCUUUCGCCUCCUCCACACAGCGCACGUCCUCAUCUUACACGUCUGGCAAAAAGAGUCGCAAAGAAAGAGAGCACGACAACGAGAGGAAGGUGACGGAGCUCACGGAGCAGAACGAGCGCUUGAAAGCGGAGAUUGACAGGCUGGGCGAGGAGGUGCAGAGGACACGUAGAGCCCUGAUAGAGAGACUGGUCAACACCAGGAAGUGAGGAUGAAAUAGACAGGAUGGAAGACAGGAAUGAAAGAUGACAGGGCCUGCAGAUUUAGAAUCAGUGGUGGGAAAAGGUGUAAAACGGUGGUCACGAAAUGCCUCUUUUAGACAAGAAUCAGAUGGAAACCAAAGAUAUAAUUUAUAAGAGGUAGUUUUUGAAGUACGGAGGGCUAAAGAUGUCAAGAAGGAGGAAAGUGAUGAAAGUCAGGACAAGAGAAGGCACAGAGAGAAAUAGCUGCAGCAGCAUUGCGGCAAAUAAAGACACAGCACGUGUAAUGGAAGAGGAAGAACAGAGAGCUCAGAUCAUACAGUGGUUCGGACGAAUGUUUGUCAUGUUGAAGAAUUUCAUCACUCAGGAUGGUAGAGAUAACGGUUAUGAGCUUUUGAUGAUUUGUACGUUGGACAGAAAAGGAACUUAAAUUCAGAGAGCGCAUUUCAUUGUCAUCUGUUGCCACCAUUUUGCAAUAAAUUGUAACUCCUACUUUAAGGGCUGCAAUCUGGCUGGUAGAGAUUAUUUGCCCCAAUUUGUGGAGAGUUGUCGGAGCUCAGGAAAAGUUUGAAAGUGCCCAGAGCAUGUGUGAGAGAAAUAUUUUUGUGGAAAGAGAGUUUACACCCUUUCUUACUUUUAUAACCCAUGGCCUGUUUGUACGUGUAACUGUGUAUUUAGAUAAAGCAAGUAGGACCCAGCUAUACUUUCUAAACCAACCUUUUCUAUCAAAAUGGGAAUUUUGUGGGAGAAUUGUUACAUCCUUCUACCUUGAGUUACUAUUUUUAUACAAUGCUGUAAUAUAUAUACACAAUUGUACUGUAAUGGGUUGUACUGUAAUAUGCCAACAUGUCCACGGUUAUUUUCUCGUUGUACUCACAUUAACUGUUAGUCGUAAAAUAAUAUGCAUGGCUUUUAUCACCGAUGGCAUCGAAUACUGUACCUUUUUAUUUAAUCCAUCAUUGUAAUCCCAAUUUUACAAUAAAAAAAGAAUGACA